AUGUCGGUGAAACAAAUGACACUGGCUAUAUUGAAGCCAGAUGUACAACGAUUUAUCAAUUAUCGUAAGUGUGUUGAAUCUGUGAUUCUCAAUGCCCAAUUGAAAAUUAUCCACAGUCAAGAAUUUUAUCUGACACGUGAUCGCGCUGAAUUAUUUUAUGCUGAACAUAAAGGUAAAUUUUUCUACGAUCGACUUGUCAGUCAUAUGAUAUGUGGACCACUUGGAGUGUAUAUUCUUGGUGGUAAUGAAGCUAUCUCUGUUUGGCGUUCACUUUUGGGUCCAACAAAAGUUUAUCGAGCUGUUGUGUUUGAGUCGAACAGUUUACGUGGUCGUUUUGGUUUAACCGAUACUAGAAAUGGUUUCCAUGGGUCAGAUUCACAAGAAAAUGCACUGAAAGAGAUCAAAUUUUUCUUUCCUGACUUCAACUGUGAAAGUGUUCUCGCCAGCUGUUGA